AUGGACUCCGGUGCCCAUCAAGUCAUGGAGCUUCUUCGGUCUUGUCGUGCCGCCUGCGAACAGACAAUCCAGCACCUGUCUCCCGACGAGCGCGAACAGGUCUGGCGGUACUGGAACUCGAUGAAUGCUGAGAUGAGGAACUCCCCUUCGACUUCGACACAUGAAUAUGGCUCCUCGGUUCCCUCAAAACGAUCUGCAUCCUCUGCGAUGGUUGGUGACAUGGAACCAGCACCCAAACGUAGUCUCCAUGCAGCAUCUUUGGUUUCCUCGGCACCAACUGCCCAUUUGCUCGAGCGACACAUCUCGGCACCAGUUGUUGGUCAGUCUGCCUCCAGGAUCCAGCAAGGCAGACCUUCGGUUCGAACAUCACCCCUACCGCAGACCACGGCUACAACCACGACGUCGACGACUAAGCCAAUGCCUAUCCCCCGGCGCACCAGCUGGCAACGAAGAGGUUCCACAGCCGCCUCGUACCCCAACCGAUACUUGGGAUCCAAUCUUCACUUUAUUGAAGAGGUUCAGGAUAUGUCUCCGGCGGACUUCCUUGCGAAGUCACCGGAUGACUAUCAUCAGACCCCGAUCAUCUCGUUGACGCCUCCCACAGUUGUGGAGCGUGGUGAGUUCCACAUCAACCAGAUGUCGCAGCUCACGUCUCCGUAUUCUUCAGCUAUAGAGUCGCCAGGAGGAGUCUUUACUCCGAUGACGGCGACUAGUGACUCGAGCAUGACGGCUCCGUCAACCGUGUUGUCGGAGCCCAUGUCUCGAAGCAACACCAAUGAUGUUCUCUGCGAGGGCGUUGGGAUGUUUCGCAUGGACUCGAUGUCGAUGCCGAAAGAUCACAAAGCCUCGAGCAGCAUGAUGGAUGAGCCUCCUCGGUAUCCGCAGGAUACUGAACCGGCUCGACAAUUUCCUUUUAUCUCUUGUUCUUCGUCUGUUGUGGUUGGAACCAAUUUCGGUUGCAACGAGUUUUCCCAUUUGUCUUUUGAGGAUGAUGAACUUCAGUCAUCGUCGUCUCCUUCUAGCUUUGAGAUGAAAAAGUCGCCUUCCUCUGGAAGCGACGCUUCAUCGGUUUCUGUUUUGUCUCAGUCUCAUAUGUCGUCGGCACCUCGAGGGAUUCUUCAGCCAGUCAUUCCUCGUAGCAGUAACGCAGUCUCACGACCUCUAGCUCCUAAGAUGGAGCGUGCUCAAGAGACAUCGUUGCAACCAGUCGAAAUGCCAGCACCCAGACUGAUAGCCGUCCAGAGCGCGGACGGUACAGUAAAACACAAGGCAGAGAUCACCCGCACCGUCCGUCAACAGCCUCCUCGUAAGACGACCUUCUGUCAGUUCUGUAACGACCAGCCCCAGGGCUUUCACGGCGACCACGAGCUCCGUCGACAUAUCGAGCGCCACCAUUCUCAAGUGCGACGAGUGUGGAUCUGCAAAGACGCCUCGGCCGACGGCAAGUUCUUGUCUAACUGCAAGGCAUGCCGCAGCCGCAAGACCUACGGCGCCAAUUACAACGCCGCCGCCCACUUGCGUCGCGCCCACUUCAACCCGUGCAAGAAUCGACGUGGCGGCCGCGGCAAGAAAAGCGAGGGUCGCGGCGGCAUGGGUGGUGGCAACACACCACCUAUGGAAUUCCUCAAGCACUGGAUGUACGAAGAGCUUGAACUCAACGUCAACGGCCGCGUGAUUGUCCAAGACAUCAACGUUCCCGACAUGACCUUCCAGCCUGCUGUUGUCAACGAACAUAUCAAAAGCGCCUCGAGUGCCAACAAUAACAGCAACGGCGCCAACAGCGGCAUGGGCAGCGCCAGCUACGGGCUCCCCGACGACGACUUGUUGCAGAAUGCGACCCUAGGCAUGCUAGACCUCGCAGAAGAGCCGCUGUGCUUCGACAACCUCCUUGCCGCUGACAACUUUGUCAAUGUCGAUGCCAGCAUGUCCUUGGCCCAGAACGCAAUGUACACCGCGAACAGCUUUGACUAUGCUGGCGAGGGCUCGAAUUUUGGCUUUCGGCAGUAUUGA